UAUAAAUAUAGUUAAAUUAAUAUCAUUUCUAGAGCUUAUCCUAAUUUCUCUCCCUUUCGAAAAUCGAAACAAAUCGGUGCGAUUACUCCGUUUUGAAUUUCACCGGCGACGAUGGCUUUGAACAAUCCGCGAAGAACACGGAGAUAUCUCGCUUUAGGUUUAGCCGAUGAACCAAUCGCCGUACCAGAAACCGUUUACGCUCAAGUCCGUGAGAAAAAACGUCAAAGCUUGGUUUGUCGAGUUCUUAGCCCUAGAAGACAAGAUCUCUACUCUGUGAUCGAUAAACUCCGUCUUGAGUGGUGUCUCGGAGGAUAUGAAUGUCAUGGACGCAUUAUCGGCGGCGGGAAGUGUCAGUUCGUGUUUGAGAAAGAGCGGGAUUUAGAAAUGGUUCUUUGGUUGGUCCUUACACGUUUGAUGGAUGGCUCGUUGUGUUGCAGAAAUGGGAAGAUGAGCAAGGUCCUGAGUUUUUGAAGUCGGUGCCUAUGUGGUUGAAGAUUCGUGGGAUUCCGAUUCAGUAUCUUUGUGAUGGGACGGUUCGUGAGAUUGCUUCGUCUAUGGGUGAGGUAAUGGAAGUUGAAUUAGAUGAUGGAAUGGUUGAUUUGAGUUCUGUGCGUGCUCGUGUGAAUGUUUGUGUGGAUACACGUUUGUGUUUUAAGAAAGUGGCGAGGUUUGAUUCUGGAGAGGUUAAGAUUGUGAGUUUUAGGUAUGAGGAUAUUGGUAUGAGUAAAGCGAGGUUUAAGUUUUGUUUUAAUUGUGGGGAUAUGAAUCAUUUGGCUAGGAAUUGUUUGAUCCCUUGGGUUGAUGUUCCUGAUCCUUAUGAACGUUCUCUUUCACCACCGCCUCAUGAGUCUAACUCUGAUGGUUCUGCUGAGGGCAACUGUGGUGAUGGUGGAACUUCUUCUGGUACUUUGGAGCUGCUCGAAUUGGUGGAUGCGGUUCAGGACUUUCCUGUUGGGGAUGGUGAGCAGCUCGAAUUGGCGGGUGUGGUUCAGGACUUGCCUGUUGGGGAUGGUGAGCAGCAGCAGCAAGGUCUUGAUGGUGUUGAGGAAGCUAAUGCUACGCAGGUGGAUUCUGAAAUGGUUGGAAUUUCAUCUGAGGGGUCUAAAAGGAAGUUUGAUGCGGUGGAGCAGGGUGAUGAAAAUCCGGAAAAGCGGCUUAGAGGAAUCACUGAUGCAACUGAGGGAGGAAGCACUGACGCAACUCAGGGAGGAAGCACUGAUGCAACUGAGGAGGGUUUAGGGGUUAGCCUUAAGCCACUUCAAGGAGAAUGAUCAUAUGAAAGUUAGGACUGUUAGGGCUCUGGGUUAUAAAGACGUUUCCUAACAGUGUUUAAUGUCUUAUAGGGUUAUCCGAAAGGCAUAGUUUGUUCUGAAACAGUAUGUAUAAAAGGGUACUACGUAGGUUGGCUACGUAGGUCGUCGGUAGUGUUUCUAGGUUCUGCAAUCGUUUUGGUCCACAGCGGAGAUGAGAUCGUAAUGUAGUCAAUGCUGGGUAUAGUGAUUUGGUGUAUGCCGGAUUGCUGGGUUUAGAGUUUCAUUUUGAAAACAUUAUGGUCUGCUCUUGCUGUCUUACUGUUUUUCUCUAGAUUUCUGUAAGACUUCAGUUUCUGCAAACUCUUUACUUGACUUAAUGUAUAAUUAAGUUAUUAAGUAGUUUGUUUUCUCUCGUUUGCCGCAAUCACUAUUUUAACUGAUUAUAACUUUCAAAGUA